CUUCCUAUGACGGGGAGAGUGAAAACUCAGGUUAGUAUCCGAAACGUCAAACAGUUGUGUAGCGAUCUAUGGGUCCUCGAGAACUGUUUGCGAUAAGAGGGGCUCGUUAUUCGUCAAUGGCUAUGGAUUGAUACAUACGCAUGACAAAGUAACAUGCAGCCAGCAAGCAGCAUCUGAUACCUUUCUGAUAGACCAACAAGAGUGGCGGCUCUUCGUCCAUAACAAAGGCUUCGGAACCAACCAUAUAAAGACACAAGCACGGCCUAUUUCUUUUGAUACCGAGCACCGACAUAAGAUUGACCUCACCUCAAUCUCCCUCAGAGGCCAGAAGAUCAAGUGGAAGUUCGAUUCGCUGGAGGAACAUGUGUCUUAAGUCUCUCCAAGACCAGAAUUAUAUCUGCAUUUUUGGGGGCCAUAUCCCCGCUGAUAUGGUCCGCCCUGUCAUGGCACCGGUGAGGUUUCUGUCGUGCAUAGCGUUCACUGACCGAGGUCGAGAAUUGACAUUCAAUAAUCAGAUGCCAGGAGUCCGCUGCCCGAAUUGUGAAAGUCGAGGCGAGGAGGUCUGGGUCAUCCCAGGGAAAAAUUGCCAUGUGUGCGUGAACCACGGCAAUCUAGGCAUAGUAGAUAUGCAACAAAUAGCCGCGCAGUCCGCGUGCUUUGGCCAACCGAGGUUUUUCCAUGUCGACAAGGCGAGUCACAAGGUAUUCAGAUGGAAGAGCAAAGAAUGGCAGCUCGUUUUGAAGGGGCUUGAUGAUGCGAAUUUUUUGCUGUCAGGGCAAAUUGCGCAAGCGAUGGCUCUAAUAACUACCUACCGAAUCAGUAUCUGA